ACCAAACACCCGUUGAAGCUGAAAACUUCCUAUUCGGGCUGCACCUCUUCAUCUGCCACUUCGUUCUGGGCCUUCGAGGAGAUUGGAUGCAAACUCGGUCUGGUAUACUGAAGUGACUGUGAAAAUGGAGUUUAAGUACUGGCUACUGGCGGUUGGUGUGGUGGUGGCGAUGUCCUACGUUUCUGUCGAGGGCGCACCUGGUACUGACUGUACAGGAGAUGAAGCGCUUUGUAACGCCAACGAGACAUGUAACAACAACAAAUGCGCUUGCAAACCCGCAUUCAAGAACAUGAGCAGUGAAUGCGUGGCUAAAGGAUACAACGAUAAUUGCACAACACCCGAUGACUGUAAAUCAGGGCCUUUAGGAACUAAUGGCACCUGCACAGCCGGCAAAUGUGCCUGCAUGACCGGAUACUCCAUGUAUAUGAGCAUGUGCAGCAAAGGAUACGAUGAUUCAUGCAACGCCAACACGGACUGUCAAUCAGGGAAUUUAGGAGACAAGGGCGUCUGUAAAAACACCACUAGCAAAUGUGGCUGCAUGACAGGAUAUUCCUGGAAGGCCUCAAUGUGCCAAUCCGACAAUGGCGCGACAGGUCUGACCAUAUCUAUCACGCUGAUUCUUGGAGCCCUCUUGGCCAAGAAGAUAUGUUAGGACAAGCAACCUUCGACACUGAAUACUUUAGAAGAACUACGUAUGAAAGUGAAUACAAAGUUAAAUACAAAAUUAUAAAUGCUUAUCAAUUUCAUAAGUUCAGAUAUUUUAAUGUUAAUGAAGAUAAUGUUAAUUGACAACUAGAUAUAAUUACACAAUAACUGUUUUGAAUACCGCUACAAUUGUGAUGUAUUGAAUAUAAUAUUUACACACUCCACAUUAACCCUCAUAUUGCAUGUAUACACCUGGUUAUAUAUUUUCAUAGAGUUGCUUUAAUGUCAGACGUAGUUCUACAAACCAUUAUGUCAUAUAUUCACGCCUACUUAUUGUUUAUUUAACUCAGUCAAUGGUUUUAUGAUCUUUCCACGGACAGUGGAGAGGGAGACCUUUAAAUGUUGACAUUGCAUAAUCUGUUAACCACAUUUGUAAAUCGUAUAUAAAAUAAAACUUGCAAAAUUUAA